AUGCAGUGCCUGCUGCUGCUCUGGUUUGUCGUGGAGGACCAUGACACUCUGUUCAUCCUCUCGGAGAGCGUGCACUUCAUGGGAAUCGGCCUGCUGGCCUACAAGCUGAUCAAGAAGCGGGCGGCGGGAGGCCUGUCGCUGAGGACGCAGGAGCUGACGGCGGCGUUCCUGCUGGUGCGCCUGUUCUGCUCCUUCAUGAUGGAGUAUGACAUACACACCCUCCUCGACUUCCUCACCCUCGUGGCAACAGGCUGGGUCAUCUUCAGCCUGCGCGGCCCGCUCAAGGAGUCCUACCAAAGCGACCUGGACGUCACCAACCCGCUGCUGGUGGCGGCGCCCUGCCUGCUCAUGGCCAUCAUCGCCCACCCCUCCACGCGCCACUUCAUCCUCUUCAGGAUCCUAUGGGCCUUCUGCGUGUACCUCGAGGCGGUGAGCGUGCUGCCGCAGCUGCGCAUGAUGCAGAAGGCCAAGGUGGUGGAGAAGUUCACGGCGCACUACGUCUUUGUGCUGGGCCUCUCGCGCUUCAUCUCCUGCGCGCACUGGAUCCUCCAGAUCCUGGACGGGGACAAGUACCUGUGGCAGGCGCUGGGCAGCGGGCUGUGGCCCGUCAUGGUGCUGGUGUCGGAGAUCGUGCAGACCUUUGUGCUUGCGGAUUUCUGCUUCUACUACCUCAAGUCGUAUAGCGAAGGCACCGGUGUCAUCCACCUCCCAGCCGGCAUCGUCUGA